GUUCGGUUUGUUGUCAGUCUCGAACGUCGCGAACGUACGAAAGUGAUUUUAAAGUAUCUAGUUGCACAAUAUGGUUAUCAAUAUAGUCAGAAAUAGUUGCAUGCGAUCGCAAAGAUGUCCUAGGUCUACGCUUCUGGUAAGCAACAUAGGUUUUCUUCUCUGCCACAGUGAGAACCGUUUGCAAUGUCGAGUAUUCUCGCUGUUUGGCCGUCGAAGUCCAAAACAACUAGAUAAUGUGUUAAGUACACCAAACGUGUUUCGUAAUCCACCAAUCGCACACCUGUUACGAAGAUUUGAGUCUGGGUCCGGAUCACUUUCCAGCCCGUCGCCUUCAAAAGAGUCCGAAAAAGUUACGAAAGUUAGACUGAAAUCAACCGAUGUUAAGCGACUGUUGGGGUUCGCUAAAUCCGAAAGAUGGAAUAUUGCCGGCGGAAUCGGUUGUCUAGUGGUUUCCUCCGCGAUAACCAUGUCAGUUCCAUUCGGAUUGGGGAAAAUACUUGAUGUGAUUUAUUCAACUUCUGCCGAGACGGGAAUUGCCAAAGAAAAGCUGGAUCAAUUUUGUUUGUUACUGGCGGGUGUGUUUCUUCUGGGAGGAUUUGCUAACUUCGGAAGAGUUUUUCUGUUCAGUAACGCAUCGUUAAGGAUAACAAAAGACAUUCGGACAAAAGUUUAUAACUCGAUGUUGAAUCAAGAGGCCGGUUGGUUCGAUCGAAAAGGCACUGGAGAAUUGGUGAAUCGCUUGUCUUCAGACACAUAUUUAGUAGGCAAUUCGCUUAGUAUGAAUCUGUCCGAUGGACUUCGCUCAACGGCCAUGAUCCUAGCCGGGGCAGGAAUGAUGGUUUACACGUCACCUCACCUGGCGUUAAUUGGUAUGUGCAUAGUGCCAUGUAUGGCUGGAGUUGCAAUCGUGUAUGGUCGAUACGUUCGGAAUAUCACCAAAGAGUUGAUGGACAAAUAUGCAGAGAUCAUGAAAGUUGGCGAAGAGAGACUUGGUAAUGUGAAAACAGUGAAAAUGUUUUGCAAGGAGAGAUUUGAAAAUAACCUGUUCACGGAACAAUUGCUAGAGGCUUUAAAUAUCGGUUAUCGGGAAACGAAAGCCAGAGCCACUUUUUAUGGAAUGACUGGCUUAUCAGGUAACAUUAUAAUACUUUCGGUCUUAUAUUACGGUGGAACAAUGGUCAGCAACAGUGAAAUGACUGUCGGUGCGCUGACAUCGUUUAUCCUGUAUGCUGGUUACACUGCUAUUUCGAUAGGUGGCCUGAGCAACUUUUAUACAGAACUUAACAAAGGAGUAGGUUCAGCCACUCGUCUAUGGGAAAUAAUCGACCGAAAGUACACUAUUCCAGUCGAUGGCGGCCUAGAGCUAAAAAGUCCCCCAAAGGGAGAAAUAGUAUUUCGUGAUAUUAGAUUUAACUAUCCAUCUCGAAUGGAUGCUAGCGUACUUGACAAUUUGAAUCUUCGAAUAGAACCAGGAACAUCAACGGCUGUAGUUGGUAGAAGCGGCUCCGGAAAGUCCACAUUAGCGUCCUUGCUAUUGAGAUUGUACGACCCCCAAAGCGGAAGUGUGAUUUUAGACGGAUAUGACCUCAAAGAAUUAAAUCCCACUUCUCUUCGGAGGCAUAUAGGGGCAGUAAACCAGGAGCCUGUUUUGUUCAGUGGGACUAUCCGAGAAAACAUUCUUUACGGUUUGAACCUUGGAGAUUCAAUAUCGGAAAGUGACUUCAACCGCGUAAUUCGAGAAGCACACGUAUAUGAAUUUGUACGUGAAUUUCCGGAAGGCUUGAAUACACUUGUUGGUCAACGAGGAAUCAUGCUUAGCGGCGGACAAAAACAGCGUGUAGCCAUUGCUAGAGCAAUCAUUCGGAACCCGAAAAUUCUUAUUCUUGAUGAGGCUACCAGUGCGUUGGAUGCUGCCUCGGAAGAGUUGAUUCAGAAUGCUUUAGAAAAUCUAACAAAAAAUCGGACCGUACUGACAAUUGCCCACCGCCUGAGUACAAUCCGUAACUCAACGAACAUCGCGGUUCUCCAAGAGGGGAGAAUCGUGGAGCAUGGUAACUAUCAGCAGCUGAUGUCUCUACCGGAUGGUAUUUUCAAAGAACUAGUUCAACGACAAACUUUCUCUGCGGCCUCGUGAGAAAGAAAACUGUUUCAUAUCCAAAUAGGAAAGUUAUUUAUUUUUGAUUAAAGUUCCAAGAGCGUUAAGGGUGGUGAUUAUGCUUUUAUUUCGUUCUCUUCACGAAAAAAUAAAAUUAUAUAUUUGUUGA